AUGAGUACCACGAUAACCCCCGAUUACCUCGUCAUUGGCGCUGGAGCCAUGGGCAUGGCCUUUGUCGAUACCCUGAUCACAGACACCAAAGCCACAGUAGCGAUAGUUGACCGCUACGCUCGACCGGGAGGCCACUGGACGAUUGCGUACCCUCACGUUACCCUCCACCAGCCAUCAGCCUUCUACGGCGUCAACUCUCAGGAAUUCCCCGGCGAGAAGAACAUUGACAAGAUUGGCGGGAACAAGGGCAUGUCCGAGCUGGCAACGGGAGACGGAGUCUGUUCCUAUUUCAGCAGAGUCAUGCAGCAGACGUUUCUUCCAACUGGACGGGUCGAGUAUUACCCUUUGCAUGAGUACGUGAGCGAGGGCAAAUUCCAAUCUAUCAUCACGAACAAGGCCGUCCAGGUCGGCCCAGAGACGCGUAUUGUGGAUGCCACAUUCAUGAAGGUCGAGGUGCCAGCGAUGAGGCCACCACCUUAUGAGGUAGCAGAAGACGUGCAUCUGAUUGCACCAAACGGAUUGGUGUCUCUUUCCCGACCUUACGGCAGCUAUACCGUAGUCGGGGCCGGAAAGACUGGCAUCGACGCCUGUCUCUGGCUACUUUCAAAAGGAAUUGAUGCCAAAGACAUCUCCUGGAUCAUGCCCCGUGACUCCUGGUGCAUGAACCGCAGUACCCUCCAGCCCUCAUGGUCCCCCGCAAAUGAUUCCCAGAUGUUCGAGGCAGAAGGCGAAGCCAUCGUGAAUGCCUCCUCGCUAGAAGACUUGUUCUACCGGCUCGAGGCCAGCGGGAAGAUGAUGCGGAUUGACAAGAACGUCUGGCCCACCAUGUACAAGUGCGCAACCCUGUCCGUCCCCGAACUCGAGCAGAUUCAAAAAAUCGGAAACAUUGUACGUCAAGGCCGCGUCGUCCGCCUUACCGCAAACGAGGUUACGCUCGAAGGAGGCAAGUACAUACCCGUGCCGGAUACACUCUACAUCGACUGCAGUGCCGACGGGCUCGCACGACUCAAGCCCGUGCCCGUCUUCAACGGCAGACACAUCACACUGCAAGCCGUCCGCUUCUGCCAACAAGUCUUCAGCGCCGCCUUCAUCGGCCACGUCGAAGCCACCUACAAUAACGACGAGGUCAAGAACACACUCUGCACCGUCGUGCCCCACCCAGACGAAACGCAAGACUACCUUGGCAUGAACCUCGAGACGUAUCUCAAUGCGGCGAAGUGGUAUGCAGAACCCAAAACGCGCGCUUGGCUCGGGCACGCCCGUUUGGACCUGGUGAAUGCACAAAAGUCGCCAGAUCCGGAUGAGGCUGCGGAGGCUGCGAAGAAGAGACCGGCGUAUAUACAGGCUGUUUGUCAAAACCUCAGACGGCUUCUUGAUGUUGAAGCGACGAGGACGAAUAGCAAGAUUUAG